UGAGGCGUUUCUCCCUCACGCUGGGCGGUCCUGUUCUACACAUCAGCGUAGGGUUUCAGUCCCACUGAACUCAGUGAGACUCACUUUCGAGUAGGCAUGUCUUGGGUUCCGUGUUACGGUAAUUUCCAGAGCAACAGCCGUGUUGGUCUUUCGGUGCAGCAAAAAACAAGCAAAACCCAGCGAAGAAAUAUUGUGGCUCCUUAAAUACUUAACGCGUUUACAGUAUUUUGGCUUAAGCUUUUUGUGGUCGGCAGCACAUUUGUUGAAGUGGGUUUUAAAGGUUGUGCUAUAAAAAUUUUGUUAUGUUUCUAAGGUGCCGUGAGACUCAUUGUUGCGGUGCUAACCAAUGCGUGUCUACUCAGAACUGAGUUCACUGGGGCUUAUUCCUAGAAGUGAACAGGAUAAAUGGAUUCUGACCUGCUUCAAGUUCGCCAUAUAGUACAAGAAGCAAUUGGCACCCUAUCUGUUUCCAGAGAUGGAGCCCAGAUCUUUGAGACUUUGCGAACAAUUAAGAGCUACCUUGGUGGGACUGAAAAUCCACCCUCCAUGAAAGAGAAAGAAGAAUUUACUCGCAAUCAUUUUACUACCUUUCUGCAGUGUCUUAUCAGUAACCUGAGUCUUGAUUGGCUGGAGCAGUUCCAAUCAGAUGAAGAUAAGGAGUUAUGGGAUUGCUUUUUCUUGGAAGGACCAGCAGACCAAACUUUUAUGGUUCUUUUGGACACCAUCAUUUCUACAGCGCCCAGUUUCCGUCUGAAUAAAGUCGUCGAUGUGCUGGAGCAGUUCCUGCAGAGAGCUGGGCUGUCUGCUCUGAUGUGGGAAGUCUGCAAACAACAAACACAAGCUGGCCCUCCAGUAUUACAGGAGGCCAUCCUCAAUAAGGUGGCCUGUCUCCCUGAUCACCUAGGCAACAAGCUCCAGGGAGAAAACCGGCCUGUCUUCUUCCCCCAAAACUACUUCCCGCUGCUUGGUGUGGAGACGGUCCAGGUGCUGGAGAGGAUCUCUGAUUCACUGCGAGGUGGCUUGGAUUGCUCAAUCUCCUUUGUGUCCCAGGUGCUAGGGAAGGUAUGCAUGCAUGGAAGACAAAAAGAAAUCCUGAACGUGUUGGUGUCCCACCUGACGGAUCGUACCCAGUCUGACUGCAUCUGGCAGAGGAUAUGCUGGCGACUGGUGGAGAGUGUGCCAGAUCGCUGGGUGGAGCCUGUGGUCUGCGGCUUUGUUCAGGCAGUAGCAGGACCUGCCGUGCUGUCACGAUUGUUGGGGAAUUUGGUUGUCAAAAGCAAGAAGGCUCAAUUUGUGAUGACCCAGAAGAUGCUGCUGCUUCAGUAUAGCUAUCCGACUAUGGUGCUCCAGAACCUCCUUGGAUAUCUAGCCCUGGACAACAUGCGGCGUCUCUUGCUGAUCAAGGUUUUGAAAGAGCUGCUGGAGACCUGGGGAAGCAGCACUGCUGUGAAGCACUCCCCAGUGGAGCAGCAGCUGUACAUCAGCAAGGCCAUUCUGAUCUGUCUCUCUCAUCUGAAAGAAGCAGAAAUACUAAGCGACAGACAAGAGCUACUCACGGUCAUGAUGGAAGGGAUGAAGUGUCACCUGGACAGCAACUUGCCACAGAUCCGCCAUAUGGGGAUGGUUGUAGCCGAGUGCGUCAGUGCCAGGGUAAUGCCUGAAGGCCCCGCUCUGAAAUUUCAGUAUGAAGAAGAUGAUGAGAUCAGAGAGUUAAAGACCUUGCUGAUUCAGAGGCCAGAGCAGAUUCCUGACAGUGAUUCCAAGAGCAUUGGGAACAGCAGACCAGCCAUGACACCAUGCACUAUUCUAAAACCCAGUGUGAAACCACAGCCAAGUGCUUCCGAAGGACUGGACCAGGAAGAUGACUCUGAGCUUGAUAGCGAUGAUGACCUUGUGCCAUAUGACAUGUCAGAGGACAAAGAACUGAAGAAGACCAAGGCUCCCACCUACAUCCGAGACUGUAUUGAAAUCCUGACUGGUCCCGAAGAUCCGGACAAGUAUGAAGCCACAAUGAGCACCCUGGAGACUUUGAUCCGAAAGAACGUGGCAGCUGCACGAGAAGUGAGCGUGGAACUGGCAAAAGUCCUGCUGCAUCUUGAAGAGAAGAGCUACAUAGAAGGCUUUGUGGGGCUUCGUCAAAGCGCUCUGGUGGCCAUCGCUGUCACAGACCCAACACCAGUGGCCCAGUUUCUGACCUCUGAGUUCUACUCCCUGAACUAUAGUCUCCGCCAGCGCAUGGACAUCCUGGAUGUGCUGGCCAGAGCAGCCCAGGAACUCUCUCAGCCCUUUUCUCCUAAAGCAAAGCAGCUUCCUAGUCUGAAACAGCCCAGCAUCCAGAUCCUGUCUAGCAACAGCUCUUCUCCAGAUUGGCAAAAAGUUGUGGAUGAAAGGAUCCGAAGCAAGACCAGGAGGUUUGCAAAGGGCCAGUCCCAAGCAAAGCCACCAUCUGCCCCCAAUAGAUUUGGUCCAGUUGCUGGUCAUUUCUUUUUCCCGCUUCUUCGGAACUUUGACAGGCCACUGACCACCUUUGACCUUUUGGGAGAUGAUCACCUGGUUUUGGCCCGGCUGACACACACCCUGGCAAUUCUGAUGUACUUCGCUGUCAACACUGUGGUGGCAGCUGCGAUGGGGAAGGCACUGCUAGAGUUCGUCUGGACCCUGCGCUUCCAUGCAGACACAUAUGUGCGCCAAGGGCUUUUGUCAUCUGUCUCUUCCACACUCCUGAGUGUCCCUGCUGAGUGCCUUCUGGAGGACAUGACAGAGGAGCUUUUAGAGACCCAAGCCUGGCUGGCAGAUGUCGCAGAGAAGGACCCAGAUGGUGACUGCAGAAGUUUGGCACUGCAGAAUCUGCUACUGAUGGAAAACCUGAAGAAAAAAACUCUUGAAACGUGAAGGAGGACUUGAUGAUGGGGAUGCCCUUUGCCUGCCC